CAAAUAAAUACGCCUUUUUCAGGCAAUCGUAAAGCCCCAUCUUUCCGUCUUCGUCUCUCUCAGAGCUUCAUCACUCUAUCAAUCAAGUUCCCGAUCUCAGAGAAGACACUCACCGAUUGUGAUGGGGAAAGCGGAUAAAGAGCGACUCACCCGAACUCUCAAUUCACAUCUGAAUACCAUCCAUGAAACUUUUCAGAUGUUGGAUCAAAAUCCAUCUUCUUCCCUUGAAGACGUGAAGUGGGAGGAUGUUGUAAAAAUGGGCGACCAAGUCUACAAGCAGGCGAGUGUCGCUGGAAUGGUGUGGACUGGAGAAAGGCUAGAAGUUAAAGCAAUUGAGGAAAACAUGGCAGCUUAUUUCAACAUGCUGCAAGGUUUCCUCCUGGUUUCCUUUGGGAGUAAAGUGGGUGCUGGCCCUACUCUGUCUUCUGUUAUCCAUGCAGCUGUGAAGCAAGUAAUUGAUUCCAGUUUUAGGUUAUGGAAGGAAUCCGUCUCCUUCUAUGGAUCACAGAAUAAUAAGGAUCAAAACCAAGUAGUUCCACAGUUGGUUGGUGCGGUUUGGGAUGCUUGCUCUGCCCUUAAGAAGACUCCUUCCACAAAUAUAACUGCAAUUGGCCGAGCAAUAACCCAGGUAGCUGUGUCGGUGAAGGACGUCCUCCGAGAGAUGAAGGAUCUUAAACAAGGUUCCUCUGACUUGGAUGAAGCUCCUGAAGAAUCUUCUAACAAAGUAGAAGGUCAUACAGAAGAUGAGGGUAAUACAAGCGACGAUGCCGAUAUAGGUAACGAUUUGUCAGCCGAAGAGAUGAGAGUUGCUCAAUCUGCCAUGAGUGUUGUAUCUUCAAUACUUGUAGUUAUAAAGGAACUCAUCCGCUCUAUCACAAGUUUGCUCAAGCUGGAAAAUGCAAACAUUCAAAGUAACAUAGCGUCCUUGGAGAAUCUAUUGAAGCUAUGCCAAGGAAUAGGAGUGCAGGUCGACGAGCUUGGAGCUUGUCUUUACCCCCCACAAGAGAUCCCUGCCAUUAAAGCAGCUUCUGAGAAAAUUUCUAGCUUUCUUGACAAUAUGCAGGCAGAGUUGGGAAGUCUUAAUGGUAAUUCAGAAGGCUUUCUUCAGGCAUGCAACGAUCUGCGAAAUUUGUGUAAACAGCUCGAGACCGAACUAAGUGGCUCCACGGCUACUGAUAUAGAAAGUCGAAUGGAGAAUGUGACUUUAAGCAACUGAAGGAGAUUAUGUGAUAUUAUCUCCAGCUCACACAACUUAUUUCUGAUUCAAUUGUCAGCGGAGGGGGUUAGUAUAUUUUGAUUGUUUUGGUGUGUAUGUGGAUAGCAAUAUUUACAUCCAGUUUUGUUGCAAUAUUGGAUCCAGUUUUUGUCA